AUGCUCAGAUCAUCUCAAUGCCUUCCCUUUCUCCUUCUUUCCUUCCCUUCUCCGCCUGCGGUUCCAUGCGCCUGCUUCCAUCUCGUCGCCUCCCCGGCAUCUUCCCCAUUCCAGGUUCUGGGCGAGUUCGGCAAGUUGACCAACGGACCCGUGUACCAAAUGCUAGGCAACCACUGUCUCUACAACCUCCCCCGGAAAACCCUCAACAAGCUGCUCGCCAUGCCGCCCUCCGCCGACCACCGCUCCUACUACCACUUCUCCCCCUUCCCUGGCUUCCGCCUCGUCGUUCUCGACCCGUAUGAUAUCAGCAUGAUCGGCUGGCCGUCCGGCCACCCGCACGCUGAGCUGGCGGCGGAGAUUCUCGGGCGGCAGAAUCCCAACGAGGAGAAGAACAGCCCGGAGGGGAUGGUGGGGAUGCAGCGGCGGUUUUUGAAGUUCAACGGGGGAGUGAGUGAGACGCAGCUGGGAUGGCUGGAGGGGGUGUUGAGGGAGAGCGAUGAGUGUGGGGAGACGGUGAUCAUCUGCUGCCACCUGCCAGUGGAGCCCAACGCUCUCCCCACCUCCACGUGCCUCAUCUGGAACUAUGACAAGGUUCUCGCGACCAUUCAGCAGCACGACUGUGCGGUGGCGGUCAUUUCCGGCCAUGCACACUUUGGAGCAUACACCUGCGACGACAAGGGCAUUCACCACCGGAUUCUUGAGGCG